UUUAUAGACGCAGGCACACAGCGAACUCUGCCACCGAUCGCGGAGAAAGAAGAGAGAGGAGGAGGAGGAGGAGGAGGAGGAGGAAGGAAGGAGGAAAAGAGCAAAAGAUCGAUCGAUCUUUCUUUCUUUCUUUCUUCUCAUGGAGUUGUUGUCGAUGGCGUCCGCCUUCAUGCUCUUUUACUGCUUCUUAAACAUUGCAUGGGUUGUUUUCCGGCGGUGGCGCGACCGACGGUGCUACCUGGUGGAUUAUGUGUGUUUCAAGCCCUCCGACGACCGGAAAAUCUCGACGGAGUUCAGCGGUAAGAUCGUGGAGAGGAACCGGCGGCUGGGGUUCCCGGAGUACAAGUUCCUGCUCAAGGUGAUCGUCAACUCCGGCAUCGGGGAGGAGACGUACGGCCCGAUGAACAUCGUGGAGGGGCGGGAGGAGAGCUGCACCUUCAGCGACGGCCUGGCGGAAAUGGACUCCUGCCUGGACAGCACCCUGGACGAGCUGUUCAAGCGGGCGGCGGCGUCGGGGGUGACGCCGCGGGACGUGGACGUGUUGGUGGUGAACGUGUCGAUGUUCGCGCCGGCGCCGUCGCUGGCGUCGAGGAUCGUGCGGCGGUACGGCAUGCGGGAGGACGUGAAGGCGUUCAACCUCGCCGGGAUGGGGUGCAGCGGCAGCCUCAUCUCGCUGGACCUCGUCUGGAACGUGUUCCAGGUGAGGGGGAAGACUACGGCGGUGGUGCUGACGUCGGAGUCGAUCGGGCCCAACUGGUACUGCGGCAGAGACAAGUCGAUGAUGCUGGGGAACUGCCUGUUCCGCUCCGGCGGGUGCGCGAUGCUGCUCUCCAAUGAUCCGGCGAUGCGGCGGCGGUCCAAGAUGAGCCUGCGGAGCCUCGUGCGCACCCACAUCGGAGCCAACGACGACGCGCACAACUGUGCCGCUCAGCUGGAGGACGACGAAGGCCUCGUCGGCUUCUUCCUCGGCAAAGAUCUCCCCAAGGCAGCCGUUCGAUCCUUCACCGACAACCUCCAGCGUCUCCUCCCCAAAGUCCUCCCCACCCGGGAGCUCAUCCUCUUCGCCGCCCGGACGGCGAAGCAGCGGCUGAAGUGGCUGAACAAGGCCGGGGCGGCGCCGGCGGCGACGCGCAUCAACUUCAAGUCCGGCAUCGACCACUUCUGCCUCCACCCCGGCGGCGCCGCCGUCAUCGAGGGCGUCGGCCGCAACAUGGGGCUCUCCGCCUACGAACUGGAGCCGUCGCGCAUGACCCUCCACCGCUGGGGCAACACCUCCGCCAGCAGCCUCUGGUACGUCCUCGCCUACAUGGAGGCGAAGCGCCGCCUGCGGAAGCGCCACCGCGUGCUCAUGGUCACCUUCGGCGCCGGCUUCAAGUGCAACAGCUGCGUGUGGGAGGUGGAGCGCGACCUCGACGACGAAGGAGCUUGGGAGGACUGCAUCCACAGCUACCCUCCCAAGACCCUGGCCAACCCCUACUUCGAAAAGUACGGCUGGAUCAACAAUGAGCAGUAGUCUCGUCCGCCAUUAUCCUCCUCUCCUCCUCCUCCUCCUCCUUCCAGCAGAACUACCAUGAAAGGACCUUCCACAGCUCAUUUGAUCAGAACAGAAUUUCCAUUCCCGGUAGUUUUAUCCAUCUUCUUCCUCCUGUUGCUGCUCCUGCUGCUGCUUUUCCAAUUAAGCUUUGAUUAUGAUGAUUAAUUCUUGGUCGCCCCUAAUUAAUCAACAAAAGCUUAAUUGAUUAAUUAAUUAUUUGUAUCCGCAUGCACUGUCCUGUUAAAUACCUGUUAAUUACUGGACUCAUUGUUGUAUUAAUGAAGUAAAUAAACCAAAGAAAGAGGGGAUACGAGUAUA